CAAGGAGACAGUGACGCCACAAAAGCCCAGAACCUUCGCGGAGGUUCCCGCGGCUCGCCGGUCCGCCCGGCUGGCGCGCUCGCGGUGGCAGUUUCGCGGCCCAGACCGCGACACCGGCGCGCUCACCCGGUGUCCUCGGGCGCCUGCUUCUCCGGCGGCCCAUCCGACUCGCCCGAACUCCAGUUCUGACUGCCUCCCCGGCCCAUGUUGGGCCUCGGAAGGCGGCUUUGGAAUGGGGGGCACCCUCCAACGACCGUCCCGCCGCCCCGAGGCCGUCCCCUUGCCCUUCCGUGGGGCCGGGGAGCAGGCUGGCUCGAGGAUCGGUGCCUGGAGGGCAGCGUCGGCGGGAACCCUGCGCCGGGGGGUUGGACUGGUAGAGCUGCGUCUCGCGGACCCCACCUGGCCUCUUCCCGAGGGUGUGGCCGCCCUCUGUUGGGUCACAGCAGGGAUGCGCCCUGAGGCCUGCCUGAGAUUGUUGCAUUUUUGAGGGGGUUAGGGAGGGUCGGGGCCCUCUGCUGCUGUGGGGCCUGCAGCCGCUGGUGCUGCCCGCGGCAUCUUCAAGGCUAGGGUGAAUCUGAGACCUUCCAGGUCAGCAGUUCUGAGACGUCACUGUUUCUGCCUUAGUGUGGACCACGGAGGGGACUUGAUCUCCCUGGAGUGCCAACAAGACAGAAGGGGACAAAGAAGCCCACAGAAAACCAGGUGAUUUCCACAAGAUACAACAACCCUACCAGCUGCUGGUUCCAUGCCAGGUGCCUUUUCAAUCUUCUAGUUCAUUCCUCAAUGCGGAGAAGCAGUUAUUACUAACCCACCCUCACUAUGACAAGCUCAGGCUCAGAAAGGUUGAAUCGCUCACCCCAAGCCACUCAGAUCAUGAGCAGAAGAGGCAGGAGCUGAACUCAGGUCUGUGUAACCCCAAAGCCUGGGGUAUUCCACUGUUCCUGUAGUUCCUCACUGGCAGAUAAAGACCUCUGAGAAGAUCUGCAAAGAGCUAGAAGCCCUUUCCCUAGAAAAAUGUAAACAAAUGACAUACACACACAAGCUGCCCGUGACUUCAAGGGGUUCCCAGACUCCAGAUGAGAACAUCUGUCCCAUCCAUUGGGCUGUCUCUCUGGAGAAUGCUACCAUGGCCUGGACCCCACUUUGCCAAACUGCAUAGGACCCUGGAAAAUCCUCGAGAUAUGCUCUUCCAGCUAGCAAGCCCUCCCCACUCCACCCCACCCCGCAAGACCCCAGAGAAGAGAGGAGAGACCUCCAGCCGGUGCAGGAGCAUUUUGGCCUCACACACAGAGCGAGCACAAACUUCUGCAGGCGACAACAUCAGGACACCAAGCUCUCUUCGGUGGACUUCGAGGCAAAUGCCACGCAGUUCUGGAGCUGGAUACGGCUGCCUCCCCAGGGACCCCAGCAUGCCGGACAGCAGAGAGGCCCCACAGCAAGACACGAUUGUGGGGACCACCCACGAAAUCAUGGGAAGCAGCUCCCUGACUGAUGGGCAGACGCUCUCCAAAGAGUCCCUAAGCCAUGCCCUCGAGCUCUUGGCCCCAGAGAAGUCAAAGGAUGCCCAGGUGGAGGUGGAUUCUCCAGAGAAGGAGCUGUGGACGACUCGGGCUGAUGGACGGGUCCGUCUGCGCAUAGACCCCAGCUGCCCACACCUUCCCUGCACUGUACAUCAGAUGUUCUACAAUGCUCUGGACAAGUAUGGGGACCUCAGCGCCCUGGGCUUCAAGCGCCAGGACAAGUGGGAGCACAUCUCCUACUUCCAGUACUACCUGCUUGCCCGCAAAGCUGCCAAGGGCUUCAUGAAGCUCGGCCUGGAGCGGGCCCACAGCGUGGCCAUCCUUGGCUUCAACUCCCCGGAGUGGUUCUUCUCAGCAGUGGGCACAGUAUUUGCAGGUGGCAUCGUCACGGGCAUCUACACGACCAGCUCCCCUGAGGCUUGCCAGUACAUCGCCCAUGACUGCCGUGCCAACGUCAUCGUGGUAGACACGCAGAAGCAGCUGGAAAAGAUCCUGAAGAUCUGGAAAAAUUUGCCACAUCUGAAGGCAGUAGUGAUGUAUCAAGAACCUCCUCCACAGAAGAUGGCCAAUGUGUACACGAUGGAGGAAUUCAUGGAGCUGGGGAACAAGGUGCCUGAGGAGGCCCUGGACACCAUCAUCGAAGCCCAGCAGCCCAACCAGUGCUGCGUGCUGGUCUACACAUCGGGCACCACUGGGAGCCCCAAGGGCGUGAUGCUGAGUCAGGACAAUAUCACAUGGACAGCACGGUUCGGCAGCCUGGCUGGUGACAUCCAACCAGCAGAAGUCCAGCAGGAGGUGGUGGUCAGCUACCUACCCCUCAGCCACAUUGCUGCCCAGAUCUACGACCUGUGGACAGGGAUCCAGUGGGGUGCCCAGGUCUGCUUUGCCGAGCCAGACGCCCUGCAGGGGAGCCUGGUGAACACACUGCGUGAGGUGCAGCCCACAUCCCACAUGGGUGUGCCCCGCGUGUGGGAGAAAAUCAUGGAGCGGAUCCAGGAAGUGGCAGCUCGGUCAGGCUUCAUCCGGCGCAAGAUGCUGCUGUGGGCCAUGUCGGUGACCUUGGAGCAGAACCUCACCUGCCCUGGCAGUGACCUGAAGCCCUUCACAACCAGACUGGCUGAUUACCUGGUGCUAGCCAAGGUUCGCCAGGUGUUGGGCUUUGCCAAGUGUCAGAAAUGCUUCUAUGGGGCAGCUCCCAUGACUGCAGAGACACAGCGCUUCUUCCUGGGCCUCAACAUCCGCUUGUACGCGGGCUAUGGACUCAGUGAGACCUCAGGCCCCCACUUCAUGUCCAGCCCCUACAACUACCGGCUCUACAGCUCGGGCAAGGUGCUGCCAGGCUGCCGGGUGAAGCUGGUGAACGAGGAUGCGGAGGGCAUCGGCGAGAUCUGCCUGUGGGGCCGCACCGUCUUCAUGGGCUACCUGAACAUGGAGGACAAGACGUGCGAGGCCAUCGACGCCGACGGCUGGCUGCACACGGGCGACGCCGGCCGCCUGGACGCCGACGGCUUCCUCUACCUCACCGGGCGCCUCAAAGAAUUAAUCAUCACAGCUGGUGGGGAGAAUGUGCCCCCUGUGCCCAUCGAGGAGGCUGUGAAAAUGGAGCUGCCCAUCAUCAGCAAUGCCAUGCUGAUCGGGGACCAGAGGAAGUUCCUGUCCAUGCUGCUCACCCUGAAGUGCACUCUGGAUCCAGACACCUCUGACCCAACCGAUAAUCUGACCGAACAAGCCGUGGAGUUCUGCCAGCAGGUGGGCAGCAAAGCCACCACAGUGUCUGAGAUCGUGGGGAAGAAGGAUGAGGUUGUGUAUCAGGCCAUCAAAGAGGGGAUCCAGAGGGUCAACAUGAACGCGGCAGCCCGACCCUACCACAUCCAGAAGUGGGCCAUCCUCAAGAGGGACUUCUCCAUCUCAGGAGGAGAGUUGGGUCCCACAAUGAAACUGAAACGGCCCACAGUUUUGGAGAAGUACAAAGAUAUCAUUGACUCCUUUUACCAAGAGCAAAACAAGUAGUCGGAGGCCAUCCUUGCAGUUUCUACUGAACAAGAUGUCUGGCCUUCCGAGCAUUUCCCUGACUCCAGGUUCUCUUCAGUCUGGGCACAGGAGCUCUGGCAAGUCUGUUAAACCUCCAGGUCAGGGGAUGGCACUGGCAUCGACAUUGACCAGGUCUUAUGCCAACAAUAGCUGACAAUUCUGACAAGCUUCCGUACGGAUAGUUUUAAUUCUGUUUAGGUACUGCUUCUUGUUCAGGUGACAAAUGAGAUCAGCUCUCCUUCCAGAAUUAAAGGGCUGAUCAUUUUUGGCCCCAGUUCCAGGUAGAUGUAACAAGCUGCUAGCUCACAUAGCAGGCCAGCCAGUGCAGGCUGGGUGGGAGCGGAGGAGGGAGGGAAAGACAGCUCACGUUACUAGUGUGCACUACAGGGAGAGCAAACAGCCAUAACCCACCUAACGGCCCGACUUACUCUGGAAUCCUAUUGGACACUGCCGACUCUAUUAUUCCCUCCUCCACCACACACACCAACUCACUUGAUGCUUAAUAAACCUGCUGCUGCCUA